AUGUUAUCUUGUGGGUUGUUUCAGAGACGGUUGUUCCAUUUGGCCCGGUCGUCCCACUUCAAGAUCCCGUUUUUGCCGACACUGCCGCAGAAACCCGGUGGGGUGGCAGGUGACGUGAACGACAGUUCCACGGUACCAGCUGAGGACCCUCUGCACGGGUCCAGGCACUGGACGCUGGAUACAGCCGUCUCUCUGAGUCUGGUGCCUCUUGUCGGGAUCCCACUUGUCUUCGUGGGUCCCGUUUCCACCGUUGCAGACACGAUGCUAUCCGCAAUGCUGUUAGCACACUGCUACUCUGGGUUCCAGUCGUGCAUCAUCGACUAUGUGUCUAAGCGGGUGUACGGUCGGAUCCACAGCUACGCGAUGUGGCUGCUGCGGAUCGGGUCCCUUGUGUCCCUAUUUGGGAUUUACAUUCUGGAGACGGAGAGUGAUGGACUCGUCGGUCUUAUGCGCCGGAUGUGGAGACGUCCCGCCAGCGAAUCGUGA